CAACUCUUCGGUGAAAAAUCGUUCCACUACGUCAAGUCGUCCCGUCCGCUCGGUGAAGAUGUCUGCGACGGGUACAGGCGGCUGUGGACCCGGACCCGGACCCACCUCGGGCUCCGGGUCCGGGGCUUCCAACCCCCGAAAGUUCAGCGAGAAGAUAGCGCUGCACACCCAGCGACAGGCCGAGGAGACAGCCGCCUUCCAGGAGGUUAUGAUGGACAUCACCUCGACCAGGCUCCAGGCCCAGAAGCUCCGUCUUGCGAGGAGUCAGGGUCCGUACUACAGCGGCUCGCUGCCCAACGUCAACCAGAUCGGCAGGAACCCUCAGGACUUCCAGGGCUCCUUCCCAUCCAAUCUCGAGUCCAACCGCUCUACUCGGCAUCAUGGCCUGGUGGAGCGAGUCCAGAGGGACCGUCGUUUCAUCUCACCGGUCCGACCAUACCGCAACCGACAAAUGGACAGCUCGCCGUAUAACUCCGCCUACCUGUCCCCGCCUCCAGACCCCAGCUGGAGAAGGAAUUGGUCCGGAAACUUCCCUGGGGAUAAAAGCCAGUUGUUUCGUCUCCCCACCACUGCACUCAACAGGACCAACUCCGACUCGGCCCUCCACACCAGUGUAAUGAACCCUCCCACAGGAGACCCCUUUACCACGGGAGGACCCACCCUCACCCCCCAGAGCAACAGACGCACAGGUCAGAGUGAUGGAGAGGGCAGAAGAAUGUUUCCAUACCCUGUUCCCCCCAUUGAAGAGAACGUGUUGGAUGAGGGGAAACUGCUCAAACCCUGGGACACCAAGAAGUUGCCUCUGUUGUCGUCCCGACCCAAGUCUUGUGAAGUCCCCGGUAUCAAUAUCUUUACGUCCCCGGAGCAGCCAUCCACGCCGGCUCACGGCGUUCCGUCAGCACUCAACACCGGGGGCUCGCUGCCGGACCUGUCUAGUCUCCACUUCCCCUCCCCGCUGCCCACACCGCUUGACCAGGACGAGCCCGGCUACCCAGGGUCCUCCUCUCUGAGCGGCGGGAGCAGCACGGGGAACCUGGCCUCCACCCUCACUCAGCUGGGCAUCAACGCCGCCAACGCGCAGGGAGGCAACGGCAACUUCCACCACCACCACACACAAGGUCUCCUGGCGUCUCUACAGAGCACGCUCAGUAACCCCUCCCUGCAGUCGUCUCUAAGCAACCCCAACAUCCAGUCUUCACUCAGCAGCCACUCUUUUUCCAACUCUUUGAGCUCCGCCUCCCUGCACUCGUCGCUCAGCAACCCCUCGCUGCAGUCGUCUCUCAGCUCCUCCCCCUCCCUGCAGUCCUCCCUCAGCAGCCAAUCGCUGCACUCCUCCCUCAGUAACUCCUCCCUCCAGUCGGUGUCCAGCAGUAACCCCAGCUACAGCAGCGGCGUGGGCGGCUCCAGCUCCUGCUCCUCCUCCUACUCGCCGCUGCUCAGUGGACAGGGCCAGCCGCCACUCAGCACGUCGCCACGGAGACGAGCCCAGCUCUCCCCGCUCAUCCUGCCCAUGGGAGUGGAGUCACGAAGGCAUCACUCCAAACAGUUCUCCCCCACUAUCUCCCCCACCCUGUCCUCCAUCACACAGGGCGUCCCUCUGGACACCAGCAAACUGCCUCUGGACCAGAGGCUUCCUCCGUACCCACUCAGCCAGUCCCACCAACACCAGCCAGGCCCCCACCAGCCUCUCUCUGGUCUGCAAGGCUCCCAGCCAGGCCAGCAGCCUUCUCCGCUGGGCCAGCACCACCACCAACAGCUGCACCGCCUCCAGCAGCCGCGGCCCAACGCGCAGCAGCAGCAGCAGCAGCAGCAGCAGUCGCAGUCCAUGCAGCAGUCGCAGUCCAUGCAGCAGUCGCAGUCCAUGCAGCAGCUCCACCUGCAGAACCUGCGCAACACACACAACCAGCACAUGCAGCAGCACUUUGGAACGCAGCAGAGGCCGAUGGGGCAGCAGGUGAACACGGCGAACGCGCAGCUCAUAAAGAACGAGAGGGCGAUGGAUCAGUGCGUCCAGAGCUCCUCGUCCUCUCAGUGUCACGUCAAACAGGAAGCGGAGCAGCAGAGAGCCGACGGCCUCCCGCAGCUGCAGCAGAUCAGCCACAACCUGGCCUCCGAAUUCUACAACGAUGCCUUGCUCAGCUCUUUACUGGACGACCCCUAUCUGAGCCUCCAGCUCACAGGCAAAUCCAACCAGCAGUUCACAGCAGACAACCAGAGCGACUGUCUGUCUCUGAACCACAGCGGUCUGAGCUGCAGCAGCACCGACAAGAACCAGUUCCCCUCCAACACCCAGGGGCACCUGGACAUGCAGGACCCUGGGGACCAGCAGCUCCUCAACAACCAGAACCAGAACUACAGCGGCGGGGAGGGACGACACAACGUGCCCAACAUCAUUCUCACUGGCGACUCACCGCCAGGUCUGUCUAAAGAGAUCGCCAGCGCUCUGUCUCACGUCCCUGGCUUCGAGAUGGAUCCCUUCUCCCUGGACGACCAGCUCAGGAUGGACCCCCUGGCUCUGGACAUGCUGGACGGCGACCUGAUGCUCGCCGACCCGGCCGUGGAGGACUCCUUCCGAUCCGACCGGCUAAAGUGACCCCGCACGACCCUCUGCUCCAGGAGCUCGGUGGGAAUCGGCGAAGAGACGGCCACCCGGACUGAGGCGGAGAGAACCGGGAUCAGCGCCGCUCCGCCGCCCACUCACCACUCCCCCAACCAGACGGUCUGCAGAGCGAGGUUUGGAAGGAACUUGGGGAAUCUCCAAGAGUUUUGAUGUAAAGAGAAGGACCUGAGACUUCUGUCGGAGGUCGGAACGAACUGAAGGAGGCGGGGAGUUUUUCCGUCGAAGGCACUUAACUGAAAACGCUCUCGCAAUGCUUGAAGUCAAGAAAAAAACAAGAUGCUUCUCUUUUUAGGCAUUAGCUUGUACGAGUCUUAUCUGCAUGUUAAUGAAAAAUGCACUCGCGUAAAUGCAAACACGCAGGAAUAAACCGCUCACGUGACAUCGGCUUUAUGUAAGAAAAAAACAAACCAGCAAACGCUUGGAAGAUCUUGAACAGCAUUAUGCAUCCCGGUAUGUGUGGACCCUCCCUGAGCUCUCUGACUGUUCUCUGCUCCACCCAGCAGCCACGGCGGCCAUCACUCCACAGGAAACAUGCGGUGUGAUCGGUUUGGAUUGUUUUACCCGAAACUGUCGUUAAGUUCGCUCGCAACAAAAAACAAAAAGCUACCAGUCGGAGGCCAAUACUGUUUCCCUCUGCUUUAUCAGCCACUUUGACAGGAACUUAGCCAUGACUCAGAGGUCUAUAUAUUUUUUAAAAGAAGUAGGUUUUCCUGCUCUGACAGUCACAGAAGUCAAUGUAACAGCCUGAAAGAGGUUCUACUCUGGUCUGUACUCGUUUGAGUGAAUCAAAAGAAAUAGUAAGUUAAUGAAAAGCAGGUUAAAUGUUUGAUCUCUCAGGAGUGAGUACGGCGCUAGAAAGAAAAAAAAGCCAAUAUGCUGUUUCUUUUUUCAAGUCUGUCUGACCUUCCCCAUGAUGUCACACAACUGAAAGUCCUUAAAAUUAUCCCGUGAUCACAUAGGACGUAACUAAAAACAUUUCUUUUCUCGUGAGCUGAAGAGUCGAUUAUCGUGCUUUUGGGUCGAGUUGUUCCAAUGCCUUUAUUUCCUUCCCAAUACCGAUUCCAGUACAUGCGUUAUAAAAGGAUUGCUGUCAUUGUUGUAAGGCCUGGCUCAGUCAGAGUAGGGCACGGCAUGACUUUGCUAUCCUGGGGUAAAAAAUUAAUGAACAGGAUACUGCCUGCCACCAUUUAAAGCUCCAGUGUGUAACAUUUAGGAUCUAUGGACAGAAUUGGAAUAUAAUAUUCAUAGGAAUGGUUUUAUUAGUGUUUAAUCAGCUGUACCUGCUUUGGUGGUGUUGUGUAGUUUCUCCUACACACUUCAGGUUGUUGCAUUCUGCAGUUUCACCACUAGAUGCCACUAAAUCCUACACACUGGUCCUUUAAAGUUCUUCAGAUGAAAGCAACCUCAGUAUUUUCAUAUCUGAUCCUUCCAUCUUUUAUCCUUCACCAACUGAACAACAAUCCUUCAGGCUCUGACCACUCGGUUGUUAUAUUCUAGGCAGCAUUAUUGUCCACCUGUCUAACUUUAUAAUAGAGAAACAAAAGGAAAAUGCAUUGUUUCAUUUAAAGCCGCUGAUCUACAGUUUGCAGCAAGAAUCACCAAAGCAAGAGCUCGCUGUUCGUUAAAUCGCAUUUACACUUUUAUUCAGAUAUUCAGCAGCAUUCAGCUCAUGAGAAAUUAUAAAAUAAGCGUCCUGUGUGAUCACAGAUCAUCAGUUCAUCUUUCAGUCCCUCCAGGAAGUUAAAUUCAUUUACAUUCAACCAAUCCCUGUGAAUUCUGUGAAAACUUUCAAUGACCAAACAUUGUCCGCGCAAAACGGGGAGCCAUAUUGUCUCCAGACUCACUUGCUUGUUUCUAGAUGUGAAGAGUCUUUUUCUGUUCGCACUGGAACAAGUUGCCUUUAAUGUUCACUUUGUCUCGCAAUGUCAUGCAUACAUCUCCAUUUUUUUAAGAAAAUCUGCCGUGUAAUCUGACAGGCGGCAACAAUCCCCCCAAAAAAUCCAGUGAAGUCCUGGAGGGACUGAUCUUUAAGUUUCUACAUCACUGCCAGCUAGACGAGUUUAUCUAAGCCUGAAACAUGCUGCUGCGUCUGAAACAUGCGACUGUCUGCAGGCGUAUGGACACGUCACAGCGUGUGCAAUAAGGGGAAUUAACAAUUUGUCUUUUUCUGCUUGCAUUUGAGCAGCUCUCUUACGUUCCUGGAUGUCAGUUUCCAUCUCUGUGAUCCAGGUCGUGUUAAGUCUAGCUUCCCCAAACACGUGUACCUUGUGCAGCAUCGUGUUUCAGCCUCCUGUGCCUGCUGCUGUCUGUUAGCUCUCAGUCUCGUCCACAUUCCCUCUAACAGACAGAAGUUCGCGUCUUGCUGAAGAAGAAUGCGCUGACAAUGCCUCGGAUGCACUUGCCUGUAGUCACAUGUUGAUUGGCUGCAUUUUUAAUAGAGAAUUAUGCAUUUCGACAAUGAAACUGAAUGUGUCGUCUGCUGACGGACAGACGGAGGAGUGAAUGAGUGGCAGAUGGGAAGCAGGGUUUCUGGACGCCUCUGGGGAAAGCAGGCUUCUUUCAGUGCUUUUAAAUGCGUGUAGAAACCCCGACUUCACAAAUCUGCAUCUUUUUCCCUUUGAAAUGUUUGAAAGACAGCUACAGUCGCCCCUCAGGCUUGAGCUUUAUCGCCCUUUCAGGUCAACAUUUUAAAGGGCAAUCCCACCAAUGUUAAUGUUGCUGUUUUAUCUAACCAGACAUUUUCCAAAAAAAGACCCAACUGUUAAUAACUUGUGUGUGUACAAGUUUACUGUCUUGAUAUGGAUCCUUUAUUAUAGAUUAAUCUGCCCAUUAUUUUCUCCAUUAGUUAAUCAUUUGACUGAAAAUAAAGAAAGUCCAGUUCACAAAGUCACAAGUAGAACAUCACAUCUUCAAAUGCCUUUUGUUGUCCGACCAAAAGACCCCAAAGAAAAACGAAAUCCUCUCAUUAGAGAGAUCAGAUUGAAGAAUAUUUAGUAUUUUAGCUUCAAGAAGGACUGAAGCAAUCAGUUGAUUAUCAAAAUUAGAUUAGAAUAUUUGGUUUUAUGUCAGUUGACUGAGCUCUAGAUUUAAUCUUCCUUUCACAAGAGGAAUAGUCGAUAAAUCUGUCACAGAGAAUCUAUCUGAAGUCAUUUUUACUUGCAAAACUAUUAAACAAUCUGCGAGCUCAUGUUGUGUUUGCUCUGUAGCAAUGUUUUCCACCAGUCCUGCAUCUGAUCGGGCAAAUCACAACCGCUGUUACUGUUAAAUAACAACUGCACCUAAAGCUUGUGUUGAUAAGAAAGAGUCGUUUGCCGUUCCUCUGACAGGAUUCGGUUUAAUUUACCAACAUCACAAGUGAUUUGUGUAUAAAUUUACUCCCCGUACAGUCAUGACCCGUGAAAUCAGCAAUCGGAGACCAAAAGCAUGUUUUGUCACUUCAGUGUUGGUUCCAGGUUCUCAGCUGUGAACGGUCAAUAAUCGUAAUCGUGUAGAUUUGUGGGUCGGACAUACGAACACAUUUGAAGACGUCUCCUCGGGUUUUAUGUUUCACUGUGUUUAGACAAUUUGUAGCCCGAAUGUUUCAUCUUUUAAUUGAGAAAAUAAGCAGAUUAAUAGAUAAUAAUCCCUAAAUUGUGUGCACCUUUAACCACACCCAGCAGUGAUGUCACAGUGUCCUGGAGUACACCUGUACAUCACUUCCUGUUCACUUAAAAUCCUCUUUCACAAAAUAAAUCACUUUAACUUUAGGCAACAACCCAAAUGCAGUUUUUUGGCGGGAUUGCCCUUUAACCCCAGUCACUGUGAUUGACAGCCCUUAGCCCCGCCCUCUCUGCCUGCACUUGCUGCACCUGUGUUUUCAGCCCCCCCCUCGGGGGGCUGGAGCAUGGCAACAUGUUUUUAUGUAACAAAGGUAAAAAAAAAAAAAAAUCUUAUUAUUAAUAUUAUUCUGACUAUAAAGAAGUUUUAUUUUUUAAUCCAAAGUGGUCUAAAUCUGUAUGUAUAUAAUUUCGCACAUAAUAUCUUUUAAAAAAAAAAAAAAAUACAGUAUAUUUAAGAGAGAAGAAAGAAAAAAAAAACAGCUUGUAGAAGUUUGAAGUCGCAGUCGGAGAGUUUUUGAACAACAGCUUGUGAAACAAUUAGCUGCAUGUGUCUCCUCGUGUGAGCAGUUAGAGUCCGCGUUGUUGUGAAAGGAAAUACUGUUGUCAACCCCACGUCCCCUUGUUGUUGUUGUUGUUGUUGUUGUUGUUGUUGUUGUUGUUGUUGUUGUUGUUUGUGAGCUUCACACAGCUUCUGGAUGGCCGUCAGUUGUGUAUUUGAGUUAUUGAGUCUGGUUUCGGACAACAUUCGAGGUCUGAGGAACGUUUUUCGGUUUAAAGUUUAAAGAGUUUAGAAUAAUUUGCGUUGAGAAAGAUUUUCUAAAGAUAGAAAACUGGAAAACUGAAGUCAAUUUUCUUAAAAUAAUCAGAAAACCACAGCCCGUCCUUUACAGCAGUGUUUCCUAACCUGGGGGCGGGACCCCCGUUAAGGGCCGCGAGAAGGUGAACGCGAUAGAAAAGAGUAAAAAUAACCUUAAAAUAACGUUUUUAACUGGUUAUGAACUGAAUUGUAAUACUGAUGCCUCUCGAUGAGUGUCAUAAACACACAUAUUGAUGUCUGCCAAUAGUCUGUGUCCGCGUCGGAUUCCCCUUGAAAUCAAUGAAACCAGGUGGUAGAAACAGUACCGCUUUAGUCCACAGGGGGCGCCAGCAUCAACACACAAUGAAAGAGAUUGAGCUUUUCCGGUUUUAUUUAUUUAUUAAAUUGAUUUGUUCAGGACAGCAAAAGCAUUAAAGAUUAAAUAUACAUUUAUUUCUUAUAUUUAUUUGUCAUUUAGCUGUUUUAUUGUUUCAAGAGGAAAUUAUAAAAUUUAAAGGUCCAGUGUGAAAAAUAUAAUAUGUUUUUAUCUACAGAGGGAGCGGGUCCUCUUCUACGGAGGCCGCCAUGUUGAACCGCCAUGUUUCUACAGUAGCCCAGAACGGACAAACCAAACAUUCGCUCUAGAUUGGGCCGUGUACAUCUUUCGCGGCCACCGUAGUUCCUCCAACACACUUGUAAGUGGAGGGUGAAGUGAGGAAGUCACAAUAUGCAACUAAAUUCUUCACACUGGAACUUUUUAAAAAAAUAAAAAAAGUACAAAUUACCGCAAAUCCAGUUUUAGGAAGCUGAAUUCAGGUUGCCUGUUUUUCUAUUAAUCGAUUAUCUUUUGUUUUUAAUGGUAAAGUUAAAUAAAUGUUCAACAGACUGUUGGCGGUGCCAUGAAUUAGAAGAAGCAGGUCUGGGGUCCGCGUGGAUCCGGAGACACGGCGAGGUGAACGUUCAGCUGAAGUGAUUAAUGCUCUUAGACGGUCGGUUGGUGUGAGUUUGUUGAAGGAUGCUGGUGGAGAUGAUGAUGAGGCUGGUUCCCUCUGCAGGUCCACGAGCUUACCUGUGUCCUCUCUGGGCUUCUGUAGUCGAUCAAAUCUGGUAUAAAUGGCAGAACUACUUCCUGGAGUUUCUGUUUCUGACCUCUGACCCUUUUUCAGUCACCUGUUGGAUAGAACGAGAGCUUUGCUUGCGGGGGAUUCUGGGAAGGUCGGCGUUCAGCGGAGGUCAGAGCUGUCGGCGCCGGCAGCCGGCGAGAUUUCUGUGGGUUCGUUUUUUUUUUUUAAUGGGGGGCGGGGAAGUCGCUUCGUGCAGCCAUGUUGGAUGAAAAAGUUACUGCGUUAAAGUUACAACCAGGAGGGGAGAGGAAGUUGAAGCACUGAGGGUUUGAUGUUUCUGUGGUUUCGUGUCCGUGAUGAGUUUCUCUGUGUUGUCGACAGGAAGUUGAGCUUCUGUCAGUUGAAAACGCUGCAAAGAAAAAUCUCAUAACAAGUCAUUAAAUGUCCUAAAAUCUUUAAAGUAGCAGUUCAUUAAACCAGAUUCAUGUUUUCACUUCAAGUACAUCGGUUCUCAACCCGGGAGAGAGAGUUUAAGACUAUUUCAUACUCUUCACCGUUAAUCUGCCAAUCGACAGCACAGUAUGGGUCUGAUCAGUUGAUCCUUCCUAAGCCCCGCCCCUUUUUGGAGGACCUCGAGCUUCCUCUUCGAUUAACUUUCUCCUUUCCUGUGCUCAGAUAUGCUACGUGCUAGCCUCGUCUGUGUUGAAAAGAGCCACAGUUUGGUCAAACGAUCAAAGCAACACACACAUCUAUAUAAAUAUGUAUAAAUCUCGAGGAGGGCAGGAAAGGAGGAAGUUGACCGAGGUUUGCUCGACUGUUAUUGGAGCACAGAGCAGAAAGGGGGCGGGACUUAAAGGAUUUAAAGCCGUGGUUCCCAACCUUUUUCUUUAAGCGACCCAGAGUAAAUUACAGAUUUUAUGUAUAUUAAUUUAUAUUAAACAAUAACAGUGAACACAAUAACUGAUUAUUUCCUGUGAAUAUUAAUCAGAUGAGUUUUCCUGAUAUUUUUACAACCUUUUUAUACAACUCUCCGUCUGUAUUAAGUAUUUUUUUUUAUUUUUAACAAUCAUACAGACUCAAUAAGCUUCUUCUUCUCCCUGACGCUCGUUCUUGUAGCUCUUUGGUUGUUAUAGUUUCAUUAAUGUCGGCCUACUGUGUGUAUCUUUAAAAUUGUGGUCCCCAAAGAGGUUGGGAACCGCUGGUUUAAAGGAGCAGAACUGUGGGACUGAAUGGCUUCUUAUUACCUGAUUUUCUUGCAGUGAAAUCUCUUCGUACAGAAAACUCUUCAGAUUCAGUCUCGUACAGUUAAAACAGGAUUCAGACCGAGCGCCAAAAACACGUCGGAUUAAAAUCAGGUUCGGAAGGAAAUCAGAUUUAAAGUCUUUUGAACGUUACAGGAAGUGUUCAGACGGCGGCGAGGAACAAAAUCUGUCGAUUUCUGAGGGGGGGGGGGGGUUUAAGUUAAAUGUUCAUUUUAAAAGCAUCAUUUUAUUUUUACGCUUUGUUUAAUAAGAACAGGUGUCACUCAGAAGGUCAAAACAUCCCAUAAUUUCCCCAUCUGUGUUUUCCUGUUUGUAACAUUUGUGUGUGUGUGUGUGUGUGUGUGUGUGUGUGUGUGUGUGUGUGUGUGUGUGUGUGUGUGUGUGUGUGAAGCAUCUUGCUGUUAUGCAAUAAUAAUGUUGUGAGUUAACAUGCAGUUCCAGACUCUGCCAGUAGGGGGAGCUGUUGACCAGCGAGGUAGUUUGUGUGUGUGUGUGUGUGUGUGUGUGUGUGUGUGUGUGUGUGUGUGUGUGCAGACUCUAGGGAUCAGUUAAAGGCCAUAUUUCAUAUUUUUUCAUAUUUUUUAUUGAUGUAUGAUAUUAAUUGCUCUCACAUUAUUAAUGUUAUUGUUAAGUUUUUAUGUUUUUAGGCUCCGGAGGAUAAAAACGAGCUCUUGCGUCUUUUUUUUUCCGCUUUGUAUUAUUUGAGUAAUAAAUUGACAUUUUUUUUGUUCCAUUCAGAUUUUUAUUUGAACCUUGUAAUAAAUAACCAGGGAAUGUUGAGUGUGUUGUACAUAAUGAACAUUGUUUUCAAACCAGAGGUGCUUCUGAAGCUAACAGGAGAGAUUUUUAAAGAGACUGUACCUUCACAUUAUUUUCCAGAAAAUAAACAAAUGAAACCUGGAA